AUGUCUGAUUGUGAUUCUGAAGAUGAUGCAACGGACAAACAACUUAAAAUUGUUAUUCUUGGCGAUUCGGCCACAGGAAAGACCAACAUUGCAACUCGGUAUGCACAAGACCAAUUCUGUAGAACACAUAAACCAACUGUUGGUGUAGAUUUUUAUUUGAAAAGAAUCCUUGUAAAAGGUCAAAUCAAUGUUGUGCUUCAUAUUUGGGACCUUGGUGGCCAAUCCCUUGGAGGAAACAUGUUGCAGAAUUAUAUCUAUGGGGCUCAGGGAAUCCUGUUAGUAUAUGAUAUCACAGAUUCUUUGAGUUUUGACAAUCUCUAUGAUUGGUUGUCUGUAGUGAAUAGCCAUGGCAUACAAAGUGGGAAGACACCACCCCACCUGGCACUCAUUGGUAAUAAAGCUGACCAGUUGCACCUGAGAACAGUAAGUGAAGAGAGACACAACAAAUUUGCCAACGAACAUGACAUGUCAAGCCAUUUUCUGAGUGCCAAGACUGGAGAAUCAGUGUUGGUCUGCUUCCAACAAGUAGCAGCAGAAAUGAUGGGCCUGAAACUGACCACAGCCGACCAUGAACUUCAACAACGGGUUGUCACAGCCCAAAUUGAGAAUGCCGAAUCAGAAAUUCAGGCAAGCAGUUCCAACACUUGGAACACAUCCCCACGAAGCCCAAUUUGCUUGCUACAGUGA